UAUAUAUAUAUAUAUAUAUAUAUAUAUAUUAUUUGUUCAUUAUUAACAUUAAGUUGUGUUCUGUGGCAAAGUUCGGCCACACCCAAAUCCUGCCCCAUUUUCACUUAAAAAAAAAGAAGAAAAGAGAAAAAGGCAGCGUUUUUUUUCUCUCUUUUCUUCCUUUUCGGGUGCGUUUGUUUCUGUGUCGGCGUGUCCCGGCGGCGUGUAACCGGAGAGGGGCCUCACAGAGGGAAUGCAGGACUGCAAUGGAGCACAAUGCAAUACAGUGGUUGGGUGCUCCCUCCUGCCAGCGAGAUGGCUAUGCCUUCUACAAGUCUGUGAGCAGCAGGUCUCUCCCUGAUGGCCCUGUCCAGGUUUGGAAGCUGGGGGAGUUUUACUUCAUCCGCUGUGGACCUCAGGAACCUGUUUGUAUUGCUGAGGUGAUCCUACUCUGGGAGGACCAGACAGAGCACCAGCCACUGGCCAGUACCAGACUCUACUUCCUGCCUGAAGACACCCCAAAAGGCCGGAAUAGGGAGCAUGGCGAGGAUGAAGUUUUGGCAGUUUCCAGGAAGUUGGUGCUGCAGGUGGAAGACCUGGUGCGCUGGUCAUGUACAGAGCCACCUGUUUGGAGCAGCAGUCCCAAGCCGGCGCAAUGCGGGAUCAAUGGCCUCUGCAAGCCUCCACAGAACAGCAGCGGCUGUAUGUCAGAUGAGUUCAGUGAGCCUCGAAAACACCAGACUCAGGAUGGAGGUUUAGAGAAUCAGAGUGUAAAAGUUGUCAGCUACCCCCAGUACUGCCGCUUCCGUUCUCUGCAGAGGCGCAUCCAGGACAAGGCAAGGGCACAGGAUUUGCAGGACCCGCACUUGCUGGCCCUGGGAGGUAUCAUAUUGGCAGUGCCCAACACCCGUGUGAUGUACUGCAGAGACACUUUCAACCACCCCACCUUGGAAAGCAGCACCAGCUUCUCUUGGCAAUUCAAAUGUCCGACUCUCAGUCUUAGAGGGCGACCUCGCAAGAGGAGAGGCCGGAAUAGCAAAGACUCCCCAACCUCCAGCCCGUCAGAAUCCUGGAUAGAGCGGAUGAAGGAGAAUGUGAUGGGCAGUGUGGAGGUGGGCUAUGAAGGGAGCUGGCUCCCCCACCCUGAGGAGCAGCUGUUCCUAGAUCAGCUCUACGGCUUCAUGGAACGCCAUGGCUCCCCAAUCCACAAAGUCCCCAACCUGGGUUUUAAGAAAAUUGACCUCUUCAUAAUGUACUCAGUGGUCAAACGGCUUGGAGGCUACGAAAAGGUGACAUCGGAGCGUCUGUGGAAAGCAGUUUACAAUGAACUCGGAGGAUGCCCUGGCAGCACCAGCGCUGCAACCUGCACCAGGAGACACUAUGAGAGGCUGAUACUUCCUUAUGAAGAGCACCUCAGAGGAGUUGAACUCAAAAUCCCAGAACCCCCCACCACUCCAAAACCCAGAGGGAUAAGAGGCAGAAAACCUCUUCCAAGGGGCAGGAAACCAGCACCUAAAACCAAGGAGAAGAUUGCAACCUCUCCUCAUCCAACUCUCGUAUAUCAAGACGGCAUGGUGGUGGUGAAGCGAGGCAGAGGCCGGCCGCCAGGCAAACGCAACAAGGCCACGCUCAUGGCUCAGGCUAAAGUGCUCUCCCAGCAGGAGUCCAAAGCUAAUCCAGCAACGUCUCAGCUACAUCGCCCUCUGCUGUCAGCCAGAGGCACAGCAGGCCUGACUGUGAGCACAGCACACAAGGUGCAGCGGUCUCUGCAGAACCCCUCCCUACAGCCUGUCCAGCCACCCAUACUUCCCAUGAACAUGCCCCUCAUCCCUGACCUUUCCCCCAUGUCUGCUCCUAUCCUCUCCUUUCAGCCCAAAACUGCCACAGAUCUGAAGCAGGACCUGGGAGAUGCUGCUGCUCAGCCUGUGGCACCUGGUGUGCUCUUCUCUGCCCUGCCCAGGCACGUCGUCGGGGGAUCGCUGAGUGGAUUCAGUCCUGUCAAAGGCAUGUGUCCCCUGGAUGUAUUUAGAAAUCGGCUUGGCCUCCAAAGAGGUCUGGAAAAUCCUGCUGUAGCACCUCAAGAUCCAACCCAGCAUCAUUCUGUCAUCUACCCUCUUCAGCCAAAAAGUGGAAGCCCAGAAAACCCUCUUCCUAACAUUGACCAGCUCCACACUCAGCCCCACCUCUUAUAUCACCAACACAACUCAUGCUCCGGCUGUAGUGUGAAUGAGGCGGCUCAGAGAGGAACUAGUCGGGAUGGCAAGAACCGCCCCCCUUUGCCUCCUCUUCGGGUCCUGCCUCUAGACCUGGACUGCAGUGUUCAGGUCCGGCAGCUGAUGAGGACUCGUCUGGGCUCUUCUCAGUUCCACACCUUUACUCGCAGGCUGUCUGAGGUGCUGUCCCAGGACCUGGGCACAAAGCCCCCCUGUUCUCCCAUCACCCCUCCACUGGAGCAGGCCCUGCCUCUGAACCUUAGCAAGCGCUUCAUAGCUAAGAGAGCGCAUUCAGAGAGUCCAGAACCAAGUAAAGCCACGAUGAAUGGUGCCACCACACAACAGUCAACCAAGAGAGCCAGAGCUGACUAUGUGGAGCAGGCGAAGGCAGAGGACUUAAGCCUGGGUUUUAGGUCUAGCCCUGGACAUAGUGGCAGAGAAGGGGCUGUGGAGCUGAAGACCCAGGAUGAGCCAGCAGACUUGAGCUCCCCAAGUAGGAUAAGGGCUUUCCUGCUAGAACUGCCACCCUUCCAGGUGAAGAUAGAGGAUGACCUGAAUAGGACUAUGCCAGGCAAGUUAAUUCCUCCAGUAUUUUCUUCACAGAGGAGCGAAAGAGCGAGACCAGAGGUAGGAUGUGCAGCAACAAAAGAAGUUAAGGAAGAAGCUGGUGGUAAUGAGGAAAGCAAAGAACUACCAAAGUCAGAGGAGGCAGGAGAUCCCACCGAAGUGGAGACACAAACCAUCCAAGUAGAAUUUAAAGGUGAAAACAUGGAGAUGGAAGACAAAGAUAUUGCUGAUGAGGGGAAGACGUUGGUAAAUUCAGGCGUUGGUCACGUUGGGGAUUUUAGUGGACAGCCAAAGGCUGGUGUGGGGAAAAUGGAGCGUGAGGUGGAGACAUCUGCCAGUGGGUUGUCCAUUUCCAUCCUGUCCCCGCCAACUGCUUUGGUGCUUGCACAGCAAAGCUGAACAGGGCUUGGCCUCUCAAACAUUUGAUGCACAUAGUUUAUUAAAGGAUUGGUCAUGCCGUUCUGCUCAGAAGCCUGUGAUACCUGUCCGGGUUUUUAUUUUUUUGCAUAGGAAUCUGAACCAUUUUAUCUUGGGGCUCAAUUUGAACAUGAAGCCUGAACAUGUGGAGCAGGGAUGUCGCUUUUCUUCAACUUUGAGAACAUCAAAGCAAACAAGACUUCAUUUGUCGCACGUUAUUUCGUGGGUUUUGAUCUCAACAUUACAGAGGAAUGACAACAUACUCAUGACAAUCACAAAUCAUCGUUCUCUCACUGUUCAUUUCACUCGUAUUAAUGGAAGAGUGAGUGUUUAAUAAACACUGCCAUAAGCCUUCAUGACACUAACUCCACUCGUCAAUGUUAGUUAAAUAUUGAAGAAGAUCCAUGUGACUUAAAAAGUUGGUGAUGCUAUGCAUCAAGACUUCAUUAGCAUCUAGAGUGUAUUGUAUUGUUGAAUUCAUUUUGUUGCUCCCUACUUCUGUAAGGAAGUGGCUAUUUUCUGAUAGUGUUCAAACAUUAUAUGGAAGUCCGGGUGAAAAAGCCCCUCAAACUUCAUGACAGAAUCCAUUAAGUGAAACUGUACAAACUCCGUCUCUUACACAUGUGCCUUAAAUGGCUUGCGAUCAACCUUGUCGCUAGCUUUAAAUUGGUUUUGAUAAAGAGAUACCUUGACAGUGGAACUUAUCAAAUUGAACCUUCACACUUUGUAGCUCAUAGCAUAGUGACCACUGCAGCCGAAAGGUGGCACUUCCACCCCCCCAGUCACCUCUCCAGGUUCGCCUGUUUAUCUUCCGCCAGUUCAGUGGAUUUUCUCAUGGAGGCUUUGUUCAUCAGAUUUUCUGAAAAGGUAAAACUCCUUUAUCUGGUUUUCUGUCCAUGUUAUUAGAUAUAUGAUCCUCUGCUGCUGUAUGUAUUGAAACAUCUCAUUUAACCAUGGUUAGAGAAGAAUCCUGGGAUAUAUGGAAAUUUACUAAAAUGGUCUUUCUUUGUUAAAACACAGUGAAAUGAAAA